ACAACUUUACAUUUUGUUUUCCAAGGCUGUCGCACGCCGUUUACCUCGCUUAUGUGACUCAUCCAGAAAAGCUGGAGAGGGGCCCGACAUAAGUGAGGCAUCAGAUAGUCCACCGUCAGCUUACUCUGUUGUGGAGCUAUAGUCUAGUGUUGUUUAACCAUGCACUCGUUGAAAGAGAUACGCAUGUCAAGCAAAGUCGUGGAGUUUGUUGUCAAAGAUUUAAAGAAGCGUGUUUUGAGGGACGCAGUGGCGGGUCUCCACACUGUUGUUCUCCCCGCAAUAUGUCGAAGCACAAAGGCGUCGCACUUGUACCAGCGAAACUCUUUUUACACGGACCAUGUAAAUAUGUGUAUACGCAAAAAAUCCCUUUAUUCCCGAGUGGAAGACAUGCUGUUCUACACCAUUACAGAUGGGCGGGAGAAGGUGCCCAUCUCCUAUUUCACCUCAGCCCUAAGGAAAACUGGUCUUCACCCAUCUGACCCUCGACUGAAGUGCAGCAUGGAGAAGCUUGAAAAUGCAGAGCAGGAUUCGGUUGGGGGGGAAGUGAUGAUGGACCGAGACCUGUUCCAUAAAUGUGUUGAAGGAAACCUCCUCCUUUUGAUCCAAGCCUUCAGGAAAAAAUUCAUCAUUCCUGAGUUUGAUGCUUUUGCAAAAAAGAUCAAUGAAAUCUACAAAACUGUGGAGAAGCAAAGAGAUGGGAAUGUAGCAGACUACAUCCCCCACCUAGCAAAGUUCAGCCCAGACCUGUGGGGAGUGUCUUUGUGUACAGUGGAUGGUCAGAGACACUCUGUGGGAGACACCAAGCUGCCAUUUUGUUUGCAGUCAUGCGUGAAGCCUCUGGAGUACGCCAUCGCGGUGCACGAGGCGGGGACAGAGCAGGUGCACCGCUACGUGGGGAUGGAGCCCAGCGGACUGAAGUUCAAUCAGCUGUCACUCGAUGAAGAAGACAAACCACACAACCCUAUGGUUAAUUCAGGAGCCAUCCUGAUCAGCUCUCUUAUCAAGCCUGGUUCAAACAAAGCAGAGAAGUUUGACUAUGUGAUGGAGUUUGUGAAGAAGAUGGCGGGCAACACCUAUGUGGGAUUCAGCAACGCCACGUUCCAGUCAGAAAAAGAGACAGGCGACAGAAAUUUUGCUAUUGGAUACUACAUGAAAGAAAAGAAGUGCUUUCCUGAAGGAGCAGACAUGAUCGAUGCUCUAGACUUCUACUUCCAGCUUUGUUCCAUUGAGGUGACCUGUGAAUCAGGAAGUAUCAUGGGGGCCACUCUGGCUAAUGGAGGGAUCUGUCCAAUCACAGGGGAGCGUGUUCUGAGUGCUGAGGCAGUCCGCAACACCUUGAGUCUCAUGUACUCCUGUGGGAUGUAUGACUUUUCUGGACAGAUGGCCUUUCAUGUUGGUUUACCUGCCAAGUCCGGCGUGUCAGGGGCCGUGCUGCUGGUCGUCCCCAACGUCAUGGGUGUGAUGUGUUGGUCCCCCCCACUGGACAGAGUAGGAAACAGUGUACGCGGAAUCCACUUCUGUCAGGAGCUGGUGUCAUACUUUAACUUCCACAACUAUGAUAACCUGAGACACUUUGUGAAGAAGCAGGAUCCUCGCAGGCCCAGUGGGGAUGACAGGAACAAGGCUGUGUUCAACUUGAUGUUUGCUGCCUACAGUGGGGAUGUGUCAGCCCUGAGAAGAUUUGCACUCUCAUCGAUGGACAUGGAUCUGAAGGACUAUGAUUGCAGGACAGCGUUGCAUGUUGCCGCUGCAGAGGGACACCUCGAUGUUGUGAAGUUCCUCACUGAGAUCUGUGAAGUGAAUCCAUUUGUAAAGGACAGGUGGGCUAACCAGCCUGUGGACGACGCCCUGCAGUUUGGACAUGACAGUGUGGUGGAGUUGCUUAAAGAGUACCAAAAGGUCUGCAGCCAAAACAAACUGCCGGCCCCUGAUGGUCCCCCCAAAUUGGAGACCGUGGAGGGCAUCCUUUGAUCCAUUUUUCAGGGGAAAUCUGAUGCAAAUACAGCCAGCAGAGCAGUUGUCUGAUCUCUUCUUUGUGAAACAUAAUGGUUCAUUAUAGCAGGUGUGUGUGUGUGUGUGUGUGUGUGUGUGUGUGUGUGUGUGUGUGUGUGUGUGUGUGUGUGUGUGUGUGUGUGUGUGUGUGUGCUUGUGUGUGUGUGUGUGUGUGUGUGUGCUUGCGUGUGUGUGUGUGUGUGUGUGUGUGUGUGUGUGUGUGUGUGUUUGCGUGCGUGCGUGUUUGCGUGCGUGUUUGCUUGCGUGUGUGUGUGUGUUUGCUUGGGUGUGUGUGUGUGUGUGACCUUGCUUUAUGCACGGUCAAGAGGUAGUUUUAUUUGACUGCAAUCAUGUUGAGGACAAAGCACAAAACAUUACCUCAGUGUAUCACUGCUACAUACUAUGCACUGUGCAAUUAUGCAGCUCAAUUUAUACAGAGAGCGAUUGUAUUUGUGAAGCGCACAAGCAACAUAACCAGAUUUGUGUUCUUUACCACUGGGAAAUGCACAACAGACAUCCCAAAAUAAUUACAACAAUUUAUAAUUGUAUUCUAGUCAACCCAUUAAAAGGUUGGCUGCUUUGCCAUAGGUAUAAAUUAUUUCCUUUAUUUAUAGAGAUUAACCUACUUGAACUCAUAUUUAAGAGAGGCUGUAAGGGCAACAAGAGGGGUUCUAUUCAUUGUAAAUAUGCAAUUGUAAUUAGUAAGCAUUUGUUUAUUAUACUGUUAUGGAGAAGUGCCUUACCAGGGCCUGUGGAGCACAGUAGCCUCCAAUUCAACAAGAGCAAUUCCACUAUUUUGAACUUUUCAAGGUUCCUCUAUUUGACUACCGUAAGAAGUUUCUGUAUUCUGAUUCUGUAUUUUUGGGAUCAGAAGUUGAGCUUUAAAUAUUUGUAUUUUUGUAAAACAAUGCAGAUUGUAGACUGGUCAGUCCUGCCUUGUGUUCAACACAUAAGGGAGAAGAGAAAAUAUGAUGCCAGUAUUGAACUUUAUUAUACGUAGUAUGAAAUAAGUUUGACUCUACGUUCCUUGGUAAAUUUUCUUUUUAGUGGGUGUUGCUGCAUGAUGGAGCGUCUUUAUACAAUCUGUUAAAUGCGUUAUGUUUUCAAGUAGAAAUGUGGCCGUUUGCCACGUGAAUGUUUUAAUCCAAAUGAAGAUUGUACCUUUAGCUACCUUUCAUUCUAUAGAAUGUGACUUAUUCUUUCCACUUAGAUAAAAACACAAUCCAUUCAUUGUUGCAUCUAAGGGACAGAUGGUUGAACAUUUGACCUAUCUGAUAGCAGAGCUUGCCUUAUUAUCACCUUGCUAGAAUGGAUUGGGCAAUAUGAUAUAAUUUGAUCACUUUGAAAUCCGGUUAGUGAGACAACUCCGGUAGUGUCCAUUAGAUGGCGCUAUGGAACCAUUAUACAAUUAUUCCUCACCUCUCGGGCUCAUCACACUACAAGCAUGAAGCAGAACCAAUCCCCAAGAGGGGAAACACACUGCAACAGCUCUGGGUAGGCAGGCAGUAGGGGCCUUGCUCCAGCUCACAAGAUAACUUUCCUCAAUGGAAAUAAGGAAUGUUAAUUUUAAUAAUGUUUUUAACUCUGAAGUUCCAUAUAUUUUGUAUGAAUGAUAUUUAUGACUGCAAUUUAAAUAAAAAAAAAGGAUUUGAGAUGGAUCGAAUGCACACGUACUUACGUUUUUCUGUCUACAAACUAAACUGGAAAUGUAAUUGGACUAAGCUAUAAUAUAUGGUACAGCAGGCCGCAAGGAUCUAUACAAUUAGAGCUGGUUAAUAGCCUACCAGUAGAGCAAAACAACAGUCAGACAAAAAUACUAUUGUGUUUGCUAAUUUUCCUCACAGUUUGUCAUCAAUUCUGUUUCUCUUGUAAUUCAGAGUUGAACAUUUUUAUUAGCCUCUAUCUGCGCAAUUCUAUUAACCAACAUAACAAAUUGUAAAAAUAGAUCGUGAUUAGACCUGCAAGUGGAGUUUUUCCCAUGAUUAAAAAACAGAACAAUUACCUUCUGCCGUAGUAAUAUUAGAAAUGCAGUGACCUUUUAAUUGUAUUCUGCAUGGAUAGAUUGGGAGAAAGUGUUGUCUGGGGCUGGAGUGUUGCGUUUCAUUCAGAUUAACUGCCAUUAUCGUGGGUAAUUAGUCUCCUAAUUCUCACAUAUAUCAAAUCAACGUGCAACCGUGUAAUACUCAGUAAAUGAACAAUUCAAGCAGCACAAUGUGGGUUCAGAGACAUUUGAAACAUUUAUAAAUGCUUGGUAUCACCACGAAGUGAUCAGCAGCCAGUAGGCCUAUGGCAUAGUGGCUGUAGUGAAGUUGUGCCUAUGCCAAUGAACGCUUUACGUAUCGUACAGGCGGGGCAUAUCAUCCAUACCAUACGCACCACGCCCUAAAAACAUUUUUACAGUGUCAUACAUAAUCCAAAAAAAUGAAAUAAUGUAGAUAAUAUAAAAAUACUAAGGUAACACAUCAUCACAUAAGUAGCAGUGGAACUUGAAACCCUACAGCAUAUUGUCAUGGAGGUUAUCGGGAUUACUAAACCCAUUAGUGACACAACGGUGGAACAAGGAAAGCGAGGGAAGGCCCCCAGUCAUAUUACAACUGUGAAGGUGGAUGCUUACUUUGAGCAGAGGUGUCGACUUGGGGAUC